AUGGUUAAAAGCUACAAUAAUAUUAAACAAAUUAAUAGAGCAAAUAAGCUUUCCAGACCACGCAGAAACAUGAUAAAGCUACUAAAAGAAGUAUCUAAUUUUAUUGCAAAAGAAGAUGAAAAUGUAGUGGCAACAGGCUCUAAUAAAGAAGAACUGG